AUGGUCGCGAUUUCAAGCAUAGCAAUACUCUUAGAGAUUAUAUCUUCAGCAGUCGCAUUCAACGCUGUUCGCUUUAGAGCAGCAUCGCCCGCGCAAACACUCGUACCGCGACAUGAUGAGAUCGGAGACUGGUCUGCCGCGCCUACAACGCCGCCUAACCCUCGGUUCGCGGCAAUUGCCCAGAAGAGGGAGAAUGGCGGUCCCACAUGUGGUUACUAUGAAUUCAAUAGUGAACCAUAUGACUGCUAUACCAACCAAGCAUGCGUUACCAGCGGUAGCUAUUUCGCCUGCACUGGCGGAUCGUCGCCGUACACAAGCUGUCUUGAUGGUUUCAACUCGAUUUGCUCUAGAAGCAUUGAGGGACUCGGCACACUUUGCUGCAACUUUAACACCGAUUACCCUCUUUGCGUUACCGCCCUGAAACCCGUCAGCUUUGGCAAUAUUGCAACAAUCACGGGAUUCCGGUGCGGUAACAACCACGCCAAGGGCAGAAAGCUGCUUCUCGAGACGACAGGCCGCUCGACGUCCAGCACCUCCAAGCUUACAUCGAGUGACCAGUCCUCUGCAGUUAUUGCGUCGACUGUACCGUCCAGUUCUCUUCCCCCAGAAUCCUCUUCGUCUCCGCCAUCGAGCCCUGGGCCCCCGGUAGGAGCCAUUGUCGGCGGAACUAUUGGCGGACUGGCAGUCAUUGGUUUAACCGCCGGCGCCAUCGCGUGGAUGCUUAUCCGUAAUCGAAGGAGAGCCGACAACAAUAACAACAACAUUGGUCCUGGCGCCGGCGGCGCACCUACCAUGACCCAGUCGUAUACACAUCCUACAAUGCCCAAAAAUGGAGCCCCCAUAGAGGUGGUAGUAUCACCUGUACCAACUUCCACGCAUGAUGCGUACAAGGGGCCGUAUCAGCCCGCAGUCCGCUCAACUGUCGACUCGGUGGGCCGUGAGAGCUACUACCAGAUUACCUCUUCCCCAUCGACUUUGACACCCGUGGCGGAGACAGUGUAUCAACAGCAGGCCCCUGCGCCAGCCCAAGGCCUUGAUCCAGCGCCGUCGUAUCACGGAACAGCUGAAAAUUUGUCUUCGCGUCGCGUCUCUGAGGUGCCUGCCAUCAACCCCGCAGGCGCCGGCAACAAUGCUUCAGAACUUCCUCCCCAACAGUACAGACAGGCUUAG